UUGGCUUCCCCCCGGCACAUACCAUCACAUGAUCAGAGCUAAUUUUAGCAAGAGACGAGAAACAACCUACAAGUUGCUGCUUAAGGCCUAAGAAAACUUCAUGUUGCACAGGAAUCAUCUUUAGAAAACAACUGGCCCUAGCCAAGAAAAUGGCCAAAAUCUUUGUAAAAGUGGAAGAGUCUUUGUUUGAGACAGACAAGGACCAGCUGAUAAUGCACAGUGAAUAUUUCCGAGCCCUUUUCCAAUCUGGGAUGCGGGAGAGCACUCAGGAUGAGUUCCACCUUCAGAGCUUGAGUGCCAAGGGAUUCCUGAUUAUGCUCAGAGUUCUGGCAGGAGAACAACCUCUACUGAAUUGUGAGGAAAUCCUGCAAGUUGUGGAAUGUGCAGCUUUUCUACAGGUGCAACUUCUGGCCAAACACCUGGUCAAUUUAAUCAACACAGACAAUUGCCUGUUUAUGUACCAGGCUGCUGCCACAUAUGGGCUCCUAGAUCUGUUUCACUCUGCGGCGUUAUAUAUCAGAGAUAGUUAUGAGCUGUUGGAAGAGGAUAUACAGUUACUUCCCCCUGAUCUUCUGCAGUAUGUUGAGUCCCUCUUGCCGAGUACAUUUGUGGCUGUGGGGGCUCACACUCCUAUCUCCGGUUUUCUUGAGGAUGCUUCCCGUAAAAUCUACUUUUUGGAUGAACAUAAUAACCAGUGGGAGAGCUUAGGCUGUAUCCCAGACAAUGCAAGCACCUUUCUAGCUGGAGUUGCCACCCUUGACAACAAGGUCUAUAUUGUAGGGGGUGCACGUGGUGCCAAUAAGCAAGUGGUGGAAAGGAGUUUUUGCUAUGAUGUAGACAACAAUAGCUGGAGUGAAUUUUCCAGUCCACAUCAGCUUCGAUAUGAAGUGACAUUGGUAGGACACGAGGCACAUUUAUAUGCUAUUGGAGGGGAAUAUGAGAAGGUUCCAGUUGUUUCUUUUGAGAAAUACAGUCUAUCUUCACAGACUUGGAGCUUUCUCAGCGAGCUUCCUCAGCCAGCAGCAGGUCCACCAGCUUCAAAGGCCAUGGGAAGAAUUUUUAUCUGUCUCUGGAAACCACUGGAUACCACCAUUAUCUAUGAAUAUGACAUCCAGAAAGAUGAGUGGAUUUAUGUCUCAUCUAUAAUGAGGCAGCAGAGUUAUGGACACUGCAUGGUUGGGCACACAGACAAUCUUUAUGUCAUGAGGAACGGUCCCUCUGAUGACUUCCUGCGCUGCAUCAUUGAGAAUUUUAACCUCACCACCAAGCAAUGGACAACUCUGUCUGGACAGUAUGUCAACAGUAAGGGUGCUCUUUUCACAGCUGUAAUCAGAGGAGAUACAGUUUUUACCCUGAACAGGGCACUUACUUUGAUUUACAGUGUGGAUAUCUACAACUGGAAACCCAAAAAAGAGAGGGCUGGGUUUAACAGAGGAGGAUCACUGCACACAUUCUUCCUGAGGAUUCCUGAAGCAACAAAGCUUCUGGCCAAACAAAACCGAAUGAAUGAAUUAAAAAGCCAUUAUUCCAUAAGGAAAUGCUCCAGCUGAAAUGUGCUUUGUAAAAUGGAAUUUAUAUGCUGCCAUGGUUUUAUGGUAUCUCCUUAUACAGAGUCACUACUAAUUAUCUUUUUCAGACGGAACAUAUAUAUAUAUAUAUUAGACUUUCUGCACAGUGACUGAGAGUAAAUCUAGACCAAUAUUUUGGUCCCACUCACUGGUCUUUGUUUCACUAACUUUGAAACCCUUAGGCUACCCUGCCACCACUGUGCCUUGCCACCCGCACUAGCAAUAUGGAGGGAUUGUGGACAUUUAUGGGUUGGGGUUCACCUUUCCUAAUAUUUUAAUAAUCUAUGGUUAUUGGCUUUUUUAUGACACAUUUUGAAACUUCAAUUUCCAACUUCCAGGUUCUUCAGAGCACUUGUAGCAGAACAAGGUGGGAGUUCAACAAAAUAUCCCUCUGUUAAACCCAAUGUAUAAUGAACUCCAUCUUAUUUGUUGAUCCAAGACACAGGCUGGAGGUACGGGAAUGAAGUGGCUUAUUUAUACAGUGGCUUGUUUAUACUUCAACCACACAGGGCUGUAUUUAGGUCUGGUGCUGCACUGAACCCAAUUAUGUCCCCUUCCUUUGGCAUGUGCUGUUAUAACUGUGAUUUUGCCAAUGCCCAAAGAAACAGGUACCCCCUCAGCUACGCACUCAAUUCAGCCAAAGGUAUCUGGUGGUGGACAGGGGGCAUUUCCUUUUUAUUUACCAUAUGGGCACCCUAUACAUCCUUGCAACCACAUGGUUGUUUGUAAGUUGGUUAGGGUGGCCCUAUCUAAAACUGUCUGACUAUAAAAGAAAGAUAGACAAUGCAGAUUUUGGCAUCCCAAAGCAGGCCUGGAUUUGUGGAAAGGCCACCAAAGCCCGGGCCUAGGGCGGCAUGAUUUUAGGGUGUGGCAAGCUGCC